AUGAACGUCUCCAUCUCCGGUUUUUCCUUCGCGCUCUUUUUCGUGCUCCUCCUGGCGCUGGCCCACAAGACCCACGGCCUCGACAGCUGCUCUGCCGCCCUUGAGCCCAUCUUCACCGGCGCCCAGAGCCACCGCUGCGUGCAACUCACCAUCACCACUGCCAGCGCCUCCACCUCCGCCGUGGCCAACGCGCAGGGCAAUGUCUACUUCAACCGCUACUUCGACGGCCUGGUCAACCAAGACACGCCUUCGUUCGGCGUGGUGUCCAACCUCAACGUGGGCUGCAACCGCGGCCUGGCCAGCCCUUCAGCGCCGAGCAGGUGUCGUCGCGCAUGGCCGAGAACGCGUUCGACGUGCUGGUGA